AUGGCGAAGUUUUCGCUCGAGGACUUUGACAAACACAUCGAGAACCUACGCGCGCAACUCCUGUUUCUCAAUGAGACGCUCGAUGCGACGGAUCACAAUGACCCCGACUGGUUGGCGACGGACUUGAUCUCACUGCGAAACAAGUCGGGCAGACUACAGGACGACAUGAAGAGAUUUAGAGACCAGCUCGAGGACGAAGGUCUGGCGGAAAAGAAGAAGGUCAAGACUUCAAACAAACGUCUUAGUAUCGAGGGCGCUAAACAUGCCUCUACUACACCAACUGCGCAACCCCCGAACUCCAACCCGCAUGCCAUAUCUCCUCUCGUGGAUCAAUCGCCCACACCACGCGCAAAGCGAGCCAGAAUCGAAGACGACUACGUCGUUCAACAUGUCGAUGUCACCGAGGAAGUGAAUAGACGGUUACAAGAGAGCCGUUUGCGGCGCUUGAUGCAGACGCCGAGCACUGCGCAGAAGCGGAAAUUCGAUGCAUAUGAGGAUGGACCGAGGUCAGACGGGCCAGCUGGGACAGAUGAAGAAGGGCAAAAGGGUGGCGGCGAGUACGAGAGAACCCCAACGAAGCGGCUCAGGAGUAGUGGGAUAUUUGAGCAGCAAGGGAAUACACAAGAGGACGGGCCAGGGAGGCAGAGUCCACGCUUUGAAGACAGAGUCGACGUGAAGAGGAGGAAGUUCCAACGAUAA